AAGAGGAGGCGGCGAAAUGAAGACACGGCAAGGGCGGCUUGACGCAGCGGCUGACUCUUAAAGCAGCAUAAGACACCUUGUACUACUGUAGAAGCCAAAAACGGCAUGACUCAAUAUCUCUUUUACAUUACGACGAUCGACUAGACCUCAAGAAAGCGAUGUUCGGACCUACGAAUUUCACAUAAAUGCCAUCAAUACCAGGCCCAGUGACCGAAGGAUCCAAGAUCUGGUCACCCGAACACCUCUUCGACAACACUGACUCAGACCUCUGGCCCAAGGUCCACAAGCACCUCAAUGCCCACGAGUUCCGAGCCGCAAUAACCACGGCCUUCGAACUACCGACAGGCGAUAAUUUCACAUACCAUGCCACCGCAUCCGUAAAUUUGGCUCAAGUGGAAGCCGCCAUCCACGCUGGAAGAGCCAACGGCCUUCAUGCAUGGUACGUCGAGCCAGUAGGAAGCGAUGGCGAAGCAGACCCCGAGUCCGCACUCCCAGGUCAACCAUCCCUCCGAAUAUCAGGCUAUCCACCAGCCCCCGACAUUCAAGCCCACAUCUUGAUAUUCGACCCGACCAAGUCGGCCGCCAAUAGUCUAAAGUCUUUAUCAGCCAACGCAAAGAAAGGAUCCCUGCGCGCCACAGUAGCAGAAUACCUUCUCAGCAAACGCUAUCUCGACUCCUCUAUCACGGUGCCUAAGCUCAAGAUCCCGUCGUCUCAGAAUGGCGAUGCAGCAGGCCCCCAAAACCCAGCUCUCGACUUCUGGGCAUACGCCUGUCUAGCCCUCGAGUAUGCAGGACCCAACGCCAAUACGGCGGAAGUCAAGUCCUCACACCACAUGCUGCCCAUUUACAUGCACCACUUCGGCUGUGUGGUGCCAUCGUACGAAUCUCUUCAAAUCAUCAAUAAGCUUGCCGCCGGUCGGUCAGUUCUCGACAUGGGCAGCGGCAACGGCUACUGGACACUAAUGCUGCGGCGCGCAGGCGUCAAUGUCGUCGCCGUUGAUAGCGGCCAGAGUCGAUGGCGCACGACCUGGAUAUCCGACACCAUAGCCACAGAUGGUGUACAGUACCUGCGCAAACGAUCGGGCUGCGCAGAUCAUGUGCUCUUGCUGGUGUACCCGAUCGUCGGCGGUGACUUUACGCGCAAAGUCCUCGAUGCGUAUUCUGGCGAUGUCAUCGUCGUGGCAGGCACGCAGAAUGGGAACGGGUAUACGGGCUUCAAAGACAUGAUGAUCGAUGAGUACAUGGCCAAAGAGAAACCGGACUGGCAGAAGGUUUGCCAGGUCGCACUCCCGAGCUUCGCCGGCAAGGAUGAUGCAUUAUUCGCGUUUCGGCGGAAAGCGUAGAGCAUUAUGGCUUCAAUCGCCAAGCUGCGAGUAAUGAUGGGUGCGGCAGAACGUGGUCGGCGGCCAUAUGGACAGUCACACACCGUAACUUGUAAUUGUAGAUGAACACGCAGACAGGGUUCGAAGUCAUAUAGCAACAUUCAAAAAAAGCAAAAACUUUGCCCACAAACUCCAAGAUCCGGUGAUCAGAGAG